AAGCGGGCGUUUGCUUCACUCUCCGCCAUUGGCCUCCCUGAGAAUCGGAGUCGACAGCGAGUUUCUCUGUUGCGCCUAUUCUUGGUGGUAUGUCCUCAUGGUCUGUUGUGUUUGGGUACCCUGACAACUAAGAGCAGUGAGGUAACCACUUUCCAGCCUGUUCGCCCCUUUGAAUGACUCCAAACUUUUUUCACAACCGCUGAGCUUUUUGCAGCUUCCCAGACGAUUUCAGGAUAUGUAGUUGCCGUCAUUUUGCAAAAAAUCAGACCGAUUUGAGAGCUCAGUGUGAAUUCAACUAUUCAGCAUCCCAGUGGCAGCCAUUCCUUGCAGUGAUGGAAAAAAAAACAUGAAUAGAUUCCUUGCGGUCCUCAUAGUGAGUCAUCGUUAUGUGCUAGAAACCUUGACUUGUAUGUCGUCAGUGAAGCAACAGUGGAGGAUGACUGACUCACUUUGGCACAUCUACGUCCUAUACAUGUCAGGAUGGUCUGACCCCUCAGAGUCACUUAUGCAGAGAGUGGAGAACAGGACACUUCAAAAUGAAUUAUGUUUUCCUCACAGAUGCAAACAAGCAGAAGUGGCAAAUUCUCUAUUUGCCGGCGUUACUGUCACUUCUCCAGAGCUGUGAAUAACAACAGAUGAUGCCGACAGUGAUUCAAAGAGGGAGACACAUAGCUGAUUGAUUUGACAGUGAAUGUUGUUCAUUCAGAUUUAAUCCCGUACUGCUGUUUAUGUUUGAAUUCUUUCUAAGAAGAAAAAUGGUGUUGGCUUGCUAUAAGAGAAGAAGUACUGAUAAUUGAAAUAGUCUUGAAAUGACAAGUCUGCUCUAUUUUAGCUUUGGCACAUAUUCUAUUCUAUUCUAUUCUAUUCUAUUCUAUUAUAUUCUAUUCUAUUCUAUUCUAUUCUAUAUUUGUGUAUCACAUCAGCCACACUCAAACUUGUGCAGGACUUUAUUGUGUCUUUUAUUUUCAAUUAAGCCACGGUUUACAAAAUCAACACAAUGUUGUGCUACAUAAGAGUUUAAGCAAGCAAUUGUAACAACAAACUCAUAUUUGUGACCUACAUUUAGGUCAUAAAUAAAUGGAUUAUUUGGAACAUUUUCUCACAGACUUCUAUAUAAUUUGCCUGAUUUUGGAAUCGUCCCCCCAGUGGCGAUGAGAAAGAUUGCACUUUGCUUUUAUCAGCUUCUGAAGCUAUAUCCUUGAAUUACUGUUUGCUUUAAAGAAGGUAGUAUAGCCUCUUUUAGCCGCUGGGCUCCAGAGGAGUGCUCCUGUUUCACCAGUUUUCUGAGCCACACUUUGGACCCGGGAGUAAGGGAGGGAGGGAACAGGAGGCUAAGCUGCUGCAGGUUAAAGGAAAUUAGCUCUUUUUCAUGCAGAAAUCUGAUGCUUCACUGUCCCUGCUCUGUGAACAUCUGUGCACAUUUAAGAGUCCUUUAACUUAAUGCCUGCCCUUGCUUUUACAGUUACAGUUGGUAUAAUAUGAUAAAGUGAGGUUCUCUCUGAAGGAAGCAGGCUGUUUGAGAGCACAUGGAGCACAUUUUCAGUAUGGAGCCUCUAUUUGUGCCCUGCUGAUUGCAUUGGGGUAUUUAAAUUUGGUCUGCAUAUGCAUUCAGCUCGUGUAACUGAGCUUCAUGAUGAAUGCUCCAUCUGUGGUGGGUGUGAGGAUCUAUCAGUGUUAUUAGUGUGUUAUUAGUGUGCACACUGCUGCACACUGAUGUACACAGGUGCCUUUUUAAAAUAAUUGUCAGUCCAGCUGAUCAGCUGAUGGUUACUUCACCUGUCAGCCUUGGUUUCUCCUCUGCUUGUAAGCAGGUUUUAUAUUGUUGCAGUUGCUUAUUUAAAUGUCAUUGUAAUUAUGGUCAAACUCACAAUAUAUACAGAAACACAAGAAUAGAGCUGAGUGCUGAAUGUAGGCAUUUUGUUCUUUAUUGAUAAAUGUGUCUAGAACAAUAAUAUCAAAUUCUUUACACUGCUAAAGCAGGUGUGUAUGGUUUGGUUUGUAAUCUUAUUUGCUCAUUGCUUAGUAUAGAUCAGUUGUAACAAAAGUUUUUCAUUUCUAGACUAUUGUUUGCGGUGCAAAUUAAAUUUGUUAAGUAAUGAAAGUGUUUCACACACACCAAAAAACAGCUUGUUAUAAACAGUGAUGAUUCUCCAGGGCUCUGCAGUAAAGUGGUCCAAGUGAUAAAAGGCAUGUAGGCAGUUAAAAUAGAGUCAAGAGAGUUUAUGGAGGUCUCAAUGGAGUCCUUUGAAACUUGUACGACAGUAUUUCAGUUAGAGGUCUGGACAUUGCUACAACACCUUGGUUCUUUUAAUUUUUUCAGCCAUUCUGUGGUAGAUUUGCUGCUGUCUUGUUGCAUGAGCUUUAUACCUUUAUCUAUCAGACAGAUGACCUCACAUUUGACUCUAGAAUUCCUUGGUAUAUAGAGGAGCUCGUGGACUUCAAGGUGUCCAGGUUUUAUAGAUGAAAAACAGGCCGAAGACAUCAGCCCUCCACCACCGUACUUGACAGUUGCCAUGAGGUCCUGGUGUGCUGACCUCCAGUGACAUGAUGCCUAAGAGGGAUCAUGAGAAGGACCUGGAGCUGGACAAGAAGAUUGAGGCUCUCCGCAGGAAGAAUGAAGCUCUCAUGAAGAGGUACAAGGAGGUAGAGGAGGACAGGAAAAGAGCAGAAGAGGAAGGAAUGGCACUGCAGAGCCGGAAGGGCAAAGCCGACGAUCUUACCAUCACAAUCAGCAAGUCCGCUAGUGAUAGUCGUGUGGUGGUGACAAAGCCAUUCAGUGGCGGUUCACCAGCUGGGAAGGGACAGCAGGAAGCCGGACCUGACAGAGGGGGAGAGGCUCCUCCACAGACUGCUGGCCGAGGACACAGGAAGCAACUAACGGUCACCAUGGCUGGCAAAAAGGGUAAGAGGGUGGUGAGUGAGAGGCCUGAGAAGAGGCCGGGCCCUGUGGACGUCAAGAGCCCCGCCGAUGAUGGACAGGCGAGGCGUGUGGAGUCAGCGGGGAGGGCGAAGCAGCCAUCUCACAUGACCAAGAGAGACUCAGCACCACAGGAUGAGGUCAAACAGGGGCAGAAGCACACUGAGGAGCAUCACGGGGUGUCAGAGCAAUGCCAGGAUAUCGAGAACCUGCAGGCCAUCACAGACCUCAACGUCCCCACAUCGAGAGAGGAGCAGGAGGAAUAUUUAAGGUGGAAGAAGGAGCGUGAGCAGAUUGACAGGGAGAGGGUGGCACGCCAUAAAAAUGCCAAGGGCCAGUGGAGACGAGCGUGGGACAUGGAUAAAACUGACAAUAUGUUUUCAGACAAAUCCCUCUCUGACAGAGAAUGGGGGCCUUCCAGCAGAGGAGGAAGAAAUGCUAGAAGAGGACCCAGGGCAGGCAGCGAUUCAAAAGCUCAUGACAAGCGAGGCAAAGACAAGGGAGCUAAAAACGUGCAAGUGAUGAGCAGUAAAGCAAAAGGCAAAGAUCGCCUGACUGGGCGGGCCAGAAGAUGGCAGGCAAAUGAUGAUGGAGAGAACCUGCAGAUGCCUGAGACGACGCUGGAGGAAUUCCUUGAGGAACUUGAUGCCCUCACAGACGCUAAUGCAGACGAGCUGAAAGAUCAGGACGCAAAAACAAAGCAGUCACCGAGCCCGGAUUCACUGAGCACGCCCGAGGAAGCGAGUGAAUCAGCAGCCUCGGUGUCGGCUGCUAUCCUUAGAGAGGACACCCCGACUCAGGAGAAGGCAGAGGCUUCGUCCUCUCGGGGUUUGGAGAAGAAAGUGCGCUUCUCUGAGGAACUCAUCCAGGGGGCUCAUGCAAGGCAAACCACGGGGUCUCAAGAGUCAGAAUCCAGAGGUCCCAGCUCUUUGAAAGCUUCCUCACCUAAAAAGAACAAGCAUGAAAUGCAGAGGCCACGUCAGCCUCUUGAAAGUGCCAAGCAGGAUGAUGGGAGUCUUCAGGAUAAAGGAGGUGGGCCAGCUGCACCUUCUUUUGCACAGCAGCAGGGAUCUGAAACUGAUUGCACUAAAAAGGACAGCAGCCCACCCACAGCUCCCAGCUCCCCCCCUGCUGAAAAAGCCUGCACCCCUCUACAUGAGAUCCAGCCUGUGGAACUUCCUAAGUGCAACAUCAGCAACACAAACACAGAAGAGCUGAUAGACUCUGGUCUGUCUGUUCUGAGCCUGGAGUCUGGAGAAACACACCCAACACACUCCACCAGCAGUGACAAGGCACGAGAACAUGGGAAAAUUGUUUAACUGACGUUUUCUGGAUAUAAACACUGAAACCAAAACACAGCAUUUGGAUGCAUUAUUUUUGCUUCAAAGUAGCUCGUUUGCAAUACUGUUUAUAGCUUACAGGCAAAACUGUGGGAGCUGAAUUUUUGUCUCAAAUGUGACACAUGAAUGGUGAGACACCUUUUUCCCGCUCGAUUAUUAUUAGUGUUUUUUUAAUUUUUUUUAACAUCAGAGCACUUUAUGUGUACAAAAACAUGUGUACUGACAUCUCUUUCUGUAUGGAAGUACGCUGCUUGAGUGCAAUAUCACUGAAUGUUUACACCUUUGUAUGAAAAUGUUGAGGUACAUAUCAGGAGGCUAGCUAAUCGGUUAAAUUUAGAUAGCCCUUGACGUUAAACCAAGCCACAGUCUAAUUACUUAGUGCCUGAUUCUGCCUUAGAGGUAUAUUUUUUUAAUUUAUUUAGCUUAUUUAGCAGGGACGAUGCACAAUAAAUAUAUUGUACCGGAUAUAGCUAAAAGCUACUUUUCAGCUGUAGUCCCUGAGUAACUUUUCAGUAACUGAAUAAAGAUUGUAAUAUAUGACGAUACAUAGUUGCAGACCUCCAGUAGAGUUUUUAUUUCUACAUUUAAAAGUAGUAGACAAAUGGAUAUUAUUAACUGCUUCCAGCAUCCAUAAAUAGCCUUUGGGAAGUAUGAAAUCAGUAUAUUGUUAAAACGCACAUUUGAACCCUAAUGUCUUUGGCCAGUGACCAAGACAGUCCAAAGUUUACAAAAUGUUACUACUGACAUGCUGUAAAUGUUUCUGCUAUUAAGAGCAUUGAAAGGAGCGCGCCACUGAUUUUUGAUAUCAAGACAGGAGCCUGAUGAUGUCAUACUCUGGUUAAGAUUAUCUGAAUUUGGGGAUGACAGCUUUGCAGUCAUGAAACCUCACAACUCUGCCCAUAAGUGGCAGAAAUCUACUUGAUUUAAAUUUGGCCUUUUUACUUAUCAAGGUCGUCUCCUUGUGCAGCUCUGAGCCACAUCCCCUGCGCCUGCUGUUUUUACAUUGCUUUGUGGUCCGACUACUUUUCACCGGGGAAAAUAGAGGAAGUAUACAUUUGUGUCACAGUGUGGGGGGAUCAGCACUGGGGAACUGGAUCUAUGUCCCAGAGAGCAAAGGGCAGCCUGAAAAAGGAAAAUUUACCCUGUCAGAGCCUUAAGGCAGGACAUCCAGAACAUGCUCGUUUCUUCUUUCUUUCACAGUCAUGAGCGUUGUGCACCAUGAAUAUGUCCCCCACACUCAGACGAUCGGCACAGAGUUCUACUGUAACAUCCCGAGGCGUCAGAAGUAAAACAUUCAGUCCAAACCACUGGGACUUGGAUCAGAUGGCGCCCUGAAAAUGCCUUUCUUUUUCUAAAAGCCUUAACUCAAUUAAAAAAGAAAAACGAAAAGAAAAAAAGCAGCCAUGCUGGAGUAGCUUGCAGCGCUGCCCAAGGAGGCCAUCUAGAAGAGCCAAUUUCCUCAUUCUGUUUAAUGCAGAACUAGGUUUAGAAAGAAAUAAAUGCGAUCCAGUUGUAAGAUGACAUAACUCACUAGUGUACUCCUUUAUUGUUAAAAUAAAAAGCCAGCUGAUGGUAAAGCAUAACACAUUUGGAUGUUUAAAUAUUGAUUUAUAACACUGCAGAGUAGAAACCUUGCACACUAUUGUUGUGUUCCCUAAAGCACAGUUUUACAGCUGAAUCCCGAUGAUCCGGUCUUCCUCACUCUUCUUAUGUUAUGUUUUGGCACUUAAUUUAGGAUUGUAAUGUACUAUGUUAGCUGAUUCUAAACAAACAGUGUACAAAUUCUGGUCUUUGGGCCCCUGUGAGUGGGGGGAAAAAAUAUAAUUCAAGCAUUUUUUGAGUUGGGUGAAUUGAGAAUGCCGGGAUUCAGCUAAAAUUCCCUUUUGUAUUAUUUGUUCUGUAUUAUGUUUGUGAAAGAGAGCCUAAUAUCUUUCAAGCUUCCCUUGAUUAAUAUCUUAGCCAGUUGUUGUGCCUUGCAUAUUGGCUUCUUCAGCUAUUGAAGGUGUACUUUAAUUUAUGGUUUGUAUAUUAACUGCCUCAUUUAUUUUAUUUAUUUGCCUAUCCAUUUCGGACAGGAGAAUGUUACCAAGUAAAUCUCAAGCUGUGUUUCUCUGAGUCGUAUUUUUUUUCUCCUUUUUAAAAUUUAUUGCCAGCCUUUGAUGCUAUUUUGGUAAGAAGCGACAGUUAUAUUAAGAAGUUUUUGGCUUUCGUCAAUGCCACCGUGUAGUAAACAGUUAUGUAACUGUAAGUGGAAAACACAGCAGACAUGCUCUGAGCUGCGGUCUUGUCUGUGUCUAUGGAGGUUACAUAAAAUCAAAAAAGCAAGAAGCGAGCCACAACGUUUGAAGCCAGUCCAUCCGUUAAGAAAGAAGGGGCCUUAUUUUGUAUUAUAUGUGGAUAGCAAUCUAUCAGUAGAAGGAAACAUCUGUGUGAAAAACAGGUCACUGUUUCCCUUUGAAGUAUUUUUUAAAAUCUCCCUGUGAGAUUUCAUGUAGUGGAAGAAACACAAUCAUAGAGCAUUUUAUAUUUAAGUGUUUAGUCCUUGUUCAUUCAGUUUGUUUAACAUCUGCACUGUCACCUUCCUUAAAUGUCAAGUUUCUGAGGUGAGAUGAGUUGGUUGGCGGGGAGUAUGCAAGUACCCCCCACGUGUGUUCUCGCACUGUUGUAAUUAGAUGUGCCUGUGUAUGCGUGUGUGCUGCAUUUCAAGGUGUGAUCCCAGCCUUUUUUGCUGCUCAGAGUACUCGCUCUAAUUUGAGUCCAUGUGCAACAUGUCUUCAUUUGCUGAACCGCUCGGAACGAAGCAUACGCCACAUGAAUAAAGAUUUUCUGUGUUUCAAAGG